AUGUACCUUGUAAAUAUCGGAAGCAACGAUUUUGUUAACAACUACUUUCUGCCUGACCAUUACAACACAAGUAGCGUAUAUUCCACGAAAAAAUAUGCAGAAGUCCUUAUGAAACAAUACUCUAAGCAACUAAGGACUUUGUAUAAGAUGGGAGCUAGGAAAGUUGCUUUAUUUGCUCUGACUCAAAUAGGCUGCACCCCUCUCGCGACAAGCAAGUUUGGUACCGAUGGGAAACCAUGUGUAAAGUCAAUCAACAAAGCAGCCAUGUUAUUUAAUCAUAAGUUUAAGCCUCUUGUUGAUGAGCUCAACACUAAUAACGAAGAUGCAUUAUUCACUUUCAUCAACAUUACGAGCAUUUUAUAUCCACAAGGAGAUAGGGCGAUGCGAACUCCUCCUUGUUGCAAAUUAGACGGAGAAUGGGCAUGCAAGGCUGGCUCCAUCCCUUGCCCGUUUAGAAUUUUUCAUAUUUACUACGAUGCUCUUCAUCCCUCUGAGAUUUCAAAUAUAGCCAUGGCAACAAGAGCAUAUCAUGCUAUUCAUCCCGCUGAUGCUUACCCAUAUGAUAUAUAUCAUUUGGUGCGAGUUCAAAAUUAA